GUUCUAACAACGGCGACAUUGCACUAGCUUAUCCACCACCGCCUCCACCGCGCGGCCGCGGCUCUACGGUAUCUUCCGGCGCGGCCGCCGUUGAUUAAGGAGGUGGUUGGAGCAAGUGGGGGAUCGGCGAUGAGCUUCGCGGAUCUGGAGGCGGGGGCGCUCAGAGCUCCCCGGAGCAGGAAGGCGAGGGGCCCCGACGACUUGCGCGCGCUCGUCUUCCAGAUCACCACCGCUGUCGCCUCCUACCGCCGCCUCCUCAACUCGCUCGGCACGCCCAAGGACACCCCCACGCUCCGUGACCAACUGCAGAAGACUAGUCAUAACAUCCUUCAAUUGUCAAAGGAUGCGAAAGAUAAGCUCUGGAGAGCUGCUGAAGCUGACAAGAGCAUUGAUACUAGUGCAGACAAGAGGGUAGCUGAUAUGAAGCUUGCCAAAGAUUUCGCUGCUACAAUGGAGGAGUUCAGGAAACUUCAAAAUCUUGCGAUUCAGAGGGAGAUGGCAUAUAAGCCGGUUGUUCCCCAGAAUGCUCAGUCAAACUAUGCUACAGGUGGCGUAAGUGGUGAUUCUGGUGACAUGCCUGAGCAGCGUGCAUUACUUGCUGAAUCAAAACGGCAAGAGGUGCUGCAAUUGGAUAAUGAAAUUGUUUUCAAUGAAGCUAUCAUUGAGGAAAGGGAGCAAGCCAUUCAAGAGAUCCAGCAACAGAUUGGUGAAGUACACGAAAUGUUUAAGGAUCUUGCUACACUUGUGCAUACCCAAGGAGUUAUAAUUGAGGAGAUCGACACGAACAUUGAAAAUUCUGCAGCAGCAACCAAAGAGGCAAAAACAGAAGUUGCCAAAGCGUCCAAGACUCAGAAAUCAAAUUCAUCUCUGCUUUGCUUGCUUAUGGUAAUCUUUGGGGUCGUGCUGCUUGUUGUGAUAAUAGUUUUGGCAGCUUGAGGCACGCAAUUUUUCAUAUCACGAGUCUGGAAGGUACGCUGUGGAGUUCAAUAUCGAAGAACCUUGCUUAAAGCAUUGAUCUGCGUUUCUGAAAAUGCAUUUGUCUAACCUUGUUGUGUGCUAAAAACUUUCACUAGCCGGGUUUUAGAAGUUUCUCUUUUAAGUUUGUGAUUUGUGAGUGCACGUUCCCGUGUCAUGCGUGAGUUCUUUUUUCAUGGCUUGCCUUGAGUGAACAGUGAUGCUAUUUUUCCUUCUUUGGAAGCUUGCUUGGGUGAGAAAGUUUGCCAUUCUGUAAGUAUAUCAUUGAAUAGAGUGAAACGAUGAUUAUUCAAGCUUGAA